AUGACCUCCCUCCAAGGUGACGACCGGCCUGAUUCUUUUCCUCAGGCUCCUCAACUCUCCAACCUGGAGGUUCGAAGUACUUGGAGUGGUAACUUGGAUGAGCCAGUGGACCUCAGAAUCUCUUUGGUGACCCAUUGUGUCCCGAGCACGAAGCUACCACUUUUAAAUGUCAAAUCCGCGAGAAUCGCCAUUCUCAAAACACGGUUGAUCCGGCUUCAGUCUGAUGAAUCGAGCCAUGAUAAUCCGUCAAGCACGAGCUCCCCUCAAAGUCCUCUGUUUGGAUUUUCUUCUGAUCAUGAUGGUCACUAUGAAGCACAUGGCUUGGACAUCAAGGGACCCAAUGUUGCAGAUACUGAGGCCUCCGCUGCAAUAUUUGACGAGGCGGGGCCCUCAACCCGCAGAAAUACAGCGAGUAUCCCCGGUAGUAAUAUUGGAACACCGUCGUUGGAUGCUUCGGUGAAUUUACCAUCUGUAGCAGGCUUACGUUCUAACUUCGCUAAGUGUGAAGAUUGGAUGAAGUUGCAACUCUUGCGAAAACGAAGUGCAGCAGCAGCAUGUUUGACGGACUCCGAGUCAGGUUCGGUCAAAGCUGAGGGUUUGGACAGGAAGGAAAUGCAGAGCGACCUGGCUAGUAAGACCAGAACUGUCAAAUCCAGCCAGAACGCAGCGGGCGACUCAAUAAGACUCAACGGACAUCCCAUUGCCAGCACUUCAAAAUCUGGAGGAAAACCUGAUGAUGCUCCCAGUUUAGUGAAGCCUAUAUCGCAGCCAGAACGUUCGGAAAAAGGAGUAGUUCCUGAUUUGAUGUCUGAGGACCAUUGCACUACUGCCAGCAACAUACAUGUCGAAGAAUUGGUUGACGCUUUUGAGGUUAAGGGAACCACUCUAGAAGUCGGCACUGAAGCUGGUCUCAGUGCCGUAUCAGAUGCUGAUAAAGAUAUAAUUCAACAUUCUACGAGCUCGGUGGCUCCAGGAUUUGGGUUUGAUCAGUCUGGUAUCGAUUUAUUAUCAACCGCCGGUAGUAUGCCAUCUGCAGAGCAUGAAACUGAAAGCACCCCAGGAGUGUCGAAUGGCAUGUGUGGGCAGCCACUUGGAGCAGCUCGAAAGCUGGGUUCUACACAAUUCAGUUCGGCUAUAAAUCAAGAAACACUCCUCGAUUCCAGCCUUGAAAGAACCGCCACAUCGGGUGAAAGCAAACCAGGAAUAAAUCCAAUGGCUUGUCUACUUCCAAAGCUUGCCAUACCACAAACACCCCAUCAGAAGAUAGAUGAAAUAGAUAGCUUGACACUCGAUGGUGAUCACCGUGUGCAUUCACCAAGGGAAUGUGAGCCGGAGUUCGACGUUAGCUGUGGCAUCUUGUUCAUGAAGAAUCCUCGCAAUCUUCAGCCGGCAACGUACAAGCUUGUUAUUACCAUAUCCGUCUUCUUGCGAGAAGGAAAGCAGAGGGGAUGGAAUGAAUUAGUGAUACAAGGCCUCCCCAAGUUGAACAGUGGCGAGUGCGGGUUCCUGCUCUUCCGCAUACCGGAAAAGCAUGGCCUCGAAUUCCGCACGACAAGUUUACAAAGGUACAAGAUCGUGGAAAACUGUUUCAUGGCUGAAUUUAGUUACACAGGCGACCUUGUGAUCCCACUUCGCAGGUGUAACCGGAAAUUCUACGGUAUUGUCAAGGAUUUCACUGUUCACCAGGAAAUCAGGGCUGAAUAUGUUGUCGCUUCUGACAAACGAGAUUGUCAACCAGAAGUACAGGUGAACUACCACGCAAUAUGCUCUGUCAGGCUUCACAACCGUUGCUUCUGGGCCGAGAAAUGCUGCCUUCGGCUUUCCAUCGACGGUGGUCCGGAGAGGUCAUUCCACAGCAAGCUUGAAUCCCAUAAGAAUGGACUGGAGAUGAUCCACAUCACCACCCAAGAGAGUACUCCUAUUGGUAUCUCGUGUUUGGAAAUCAUUUGCUCCCCUGGAGAUCUAGAGUUGUUCUGUGUGGACUGGUCCGUUCGGCUUCCCCAGGUACGAGCAAUCAGUUGGCUUCCGCGAAUCUAUCCCGCAUCAUCUAUGUCUUGUGAUCGUGUUAGGCAUCAGCUUCGAUAUACGUUUGAGAAUAUGGAGGCUGUGUCACCCUCCCCCAUUGAACGCUCUUGCGACUCCGAGAAAGAGUCCACAGACGAGAAGAGCAGUGUUGCUGGUAUUGCAGACCUCGAAAAUCUGGUUCAAGUGCCGCCGACGAAGACCGCACAGCAAAUGGAGUCCCGGAAGGUCAAGGACUUUUUGGGAACAAUGAACGUCAUAAAAGUCAUUCUCCUCGUUUGCCUAUGCAUGUCCUAUGUGUUGUUCAUCGCCUUUGCAUUUCCAUGGCUCACUAGGGUUGUUAAGGACGCCGUCACCGGGCCACAUGAGGAAACUCCUGCUGUUACAGUCUCGGCGGAUAAUCUGAGCCACGCAGGGAUGGUGCGCUUGGACAUCAACGAGUGGGAGAGUAAAGUCGAUGAAUCGGUGCCCACGCAAGACGUAGAGCCAGCUGAAGAGGAAUUGACUGUAAUCAAGAAUGAGGGGCUCGAGGGGCCAGCAACAGAUCCAGCCAUCGAGUCGCGUGCGGAACGUACCUUGACAUUUCGUGACAAGAUUGAUUACUGGCUUGGUUGGCGAGGACCUGUUGAUCAUUCAUAG